UCUUUUUUUCCUGUUUCUAUUCGUCCGUUUCGUCUCCAUCUGAAGUUGGUGAAAACCCACUCUUUCUUCAGUGACUUUUGCACCUUACGCACACUCAGAGUUCUUUUUCUCUAUCUCUCUCCCUCUCUCUCUCUCGCGUUCUUAAAGGGAGGUAGAUCGAUGACUACCAAGAUGCAGAAAUCUCUCUUUCUCUCCAUCUCGCUCUCUCAGAGAGAACGACGGAGAAAAACAACUAAAGAGCAAGGGCAGAGAUCAUUAGUAUUUGAUCAGAUUCUUUGGGUUUCUAUCUACCUACUUAUGGCUCAAGUGGGAAAAUGGUGCAGUCAAUUUUGGUGAUUAAGAAUCUUGUGCAGUAACAUAAGUAGGAUAAUCUUAAGAAGAUGAAGCCUUUGGUGGAUCUGCCCUUUCACUACUUCAGAGCUAGAUGGUUCUCUGCUUCUUGUGUUUGUAUGGCUGUGUUCUCACUUACUGCAGUUGUGACUUUCCAGUUAACUGCUUUUAGCGUGAGCCAAUGGUCUGAGUAUAUAUGGAAAGCAGCGUCUCCUGCAAGUCCUAGUGGAUUUCAAUUACUCAGUUCUCAGACCACUGAUGGGAACAUUUUACAGCUGUGUUCUGCUAGACAAAAACGAGCUGGUAAAUUUAAUCAGUUGGAUAUCGCAAAAUUAGAAGCAUUAUGUACGCAAGAGCAGUUACUAAUUAAGAUCAGGAAGGAAUUGAAUGAGUUGGAUAAUGCUUCACUUCAAAGAUUUACCAGCAGCCAAAAGAUUCUGGACCCACUAACGAGAGGCUUUAGUGAAGGUAAAAAUAAUGAGAUGAUGAAAAGGAUCAAUGAAUUGCAGCAAAUAAUCGAUGGAAUGAGGGAACUUGUCAGAAAUUCUGUAACAUUUUUGCCUCUAAAGGAUAUGCGAUUCCAAAGCAAACCAGAAGCAGGACAUACAUGGUUCAUGAGCAGCUUUGAUGAAUCGAUUGAAGAUGGGAAUGGCUUCCUGCGCCUCCCUUCGAACGCAUCUAAACAGAGAAUUCUUUGUGUUAAGGGAAGGGAUCAUUCUGAUGGAACUAAAAAUGGUUAUGGAUUAGCAUGGAGAGACUACUUGCCGCCAAAUUCCACUCUGCUUCAUGGACUGACUUUUGUUGCAGAAAACUAUUGGGACUAUGGAAACUUAUGGCAUGGCUUGAUGGCUUUAGGCCCUUUUGUGUUGUGGAAUAAUAACAAUGAGUCUGUCAUGCCCAAGAGGAUUGUGUUGUAUCACAAGGGGGAGGUUGUGCAUGGAAUGGUGUCAUGGAUUUCUGAAGUGCUACACUCUGUAAUGGGGUAUAAACUGCCCUUAGAUAUCCUUGAUUAUGGCAAUGGCCCAAUUUGCUUUGAGCAGUCGCUGGUGUAUCGCCACAGUUUUGGCAGUCUCUCGCAACAGAAACGAUCUGAAGCAUUUGAUGUGAUCAGAUCAAAGGCACGUGCAUUCUGUAACAUAACAAUUGCAACCAACAGAAAUGACACUCCAGAUUUCAAUUUUACACUACUGACUAGAGCCGGAGCCAGAUCAUUUAAAAAUGAAUCAGUAGUCUCUUCCAUCUUCGAGAAUGAGUGCAGCAAAAUUCGUGGUUGCCAAUUUCGUAACAUCAGAGCAAAUGGUUUAAGCUUCUGUGAUCAGGUUAGUUUUCUGAGCACCACUCAUGUUUUAGUCACUGUACACGGAGCACAGCUGACAAACAUGAUUUUUAUGCCAAAAGGAAGCCAUAUAAUGGAGAUUUUUCCUAAGGGAUGGCUGGAGUUUGCUGGAAUUGGACAGUACGUGUUCCACUGGUUGGCUGAUUGGGCUGGAAUGAAGCAUGAAGGCACAUGGCGAGACACAGAGGGGCCAGAAUGCUUGAGGCCAGAGAAAGAGAGGUUGGAAUGCUUCUCUAUCUACAAAAAUGGGCAGGUUGGAUACAACCAAACUGCCCUUUCAAGAUGGUCCGCCGAUGUGCUUAAAAAGGCGAGCAGCUCCAUCUCUGCUGCUAGUGACACUUCUUGAUAGUAGAGAAACACGAGAGAGAGCAAUGUAUAUGUAGUUACUAAUUAAAUCUUACAGUGUAACUAAUUCUACAGAUACAAGUACUCAAUACUUUUUUUUUUU